CCCCGGCACCACCGAGCAGCCCUGCUGCAGACCCGGCAUGGGGAAGGCAGCUGGGGUGGUUUGUGCCUUCAUCUUCCUCCUUGCGGCGCUGCACUGCCAGAGCCUGGCUCAGAGAGCCCCGGCUGUGCCCGACAAAUGCUGCUUCAACUUCCAGACCAGGAGGAUCAAGAGAGACAACAUCGUCGCCUGCUACCCCACCAGCCCCGAGUGCCCACACCAGGCUGUGAUCUUCAGGGUGAGAAAUGGGAAGGAGAUCUGCACCCAGGCAAGCAGGGCCUGGGUGAAGAGGUACCAGCAGAGCUUCCAAGUCAGCUCCUUCUCCAUCCCCAGCUAGCUGGGAGGCUGGAGGCACUGCAGGGAGUCUCCUCCGUGGGAGAUGGGACACUGGAGGCAGCCCCUUUGCAGAGGA